CUUUCUCUGCUGCCUGCCUUGCGCAAAGAUGAGGCUUAGACCUGAUAUUUAUUUCGCAUACUCGCUGUGCCCUCGGAUACGACAGAUGCAGACUCUUCCAAAGAGUGUCGAAUUGCUUCUUCAUACCUAACUUUGCGAGAAUGUCGAAAAAGGCAGCUUUAUCAUCGCAGCCCCACCAGCCGUGGCAAUCUUCCAACAUUGUUUCACCUGUCCAACUAUCAAAUAACAGUUCUUCAGAGGCCGGUCAGGAAAACCAGCCUACACAGAGUAAUAAUGCCAAUGUAUUCAACCAAACAUUCACCUCGGAACCGCCGCCAUAUUCAAGCUUGGUAACGAACACGCCGAGUACUUUGUCGCCAGCUGCAUGGCCGAAUGCUACCUCCACGCUACCACCCAUUGACUUUUCCAAAUAUUCAAUCCCAGAAUCAUCCCUUUCCAAGGAUGGAUCGACAGUGUCAACAUAUCACCCCUCCUUCACAUCCAAUGCGUCAGCGCUUGUUCGCUUCGUGCAGGAGCAGGCUACUCUUCCCCCACUACCUUACAUCCACAUUCUUGGCGAGAAGCAAGAAGACGGGCAACGACGUGAUUUCGAUAUCAAAAUAAACAUGCUCUCGUUAUUUCUAGCGCAGAACUCGCAGAAUAAAUGGAACUACGUCAAACUGGUCGGCGAUCAGGAAUUGGCGUACAGAGGAAAAGAUGGUCAGAGCACGAUCCCUGACAUUAAAGGUGGCCUGGACGAAUGGGCUACAAGAUUCUGUAAGGAGACGUCAACUUUGAAGUCAUUCACUCUAACGCGGCAGCUUUCCAAUUGGAACGCUAGUUAUAUCGAAGGCCAGAUCCGCAGCCUGAUUGCAGCGACUGGCUACGAAAAACGUGUAACCAUUUCCUUCCCCGUCAAGUAUGCAAAAGUGGUAGUAUAUCCCCCGAAAAGCAGCCAAAGCUUCUUUAAAACGCUAGUCUCGCCAUUUUUGGAGAAGAAGCGAUUUGAAGUCGUUCGCGCCGUUUGGCCGUAUGCCUCCCUCCCACCUGUGGCAGACGCUGCGGCUGCAGGCCGGAAAUGUGUUGUGCAGAGUGAGGAAAUGUGGUGGGAAGAGUGGAGGGAUGUGAUUCGAUGGUCUGUCGUUACGAAGCGCUCUGGUUGGGUUUCUGUGGAUGAUAUUUUGGAGUAUCGGAUGGCGCCAGCGCCAGCGGUACCUCCUUCAAACCCGUGGAAGCGGUUCUAAUACCACCAUCUUCGGAGUUGUGUUUGAAUUUCUCUCAUAUACAGUCACUAUAAAUUGCAUUUACAUUGGUGUCAGGUGUUUUAGGUUGAGUGAUCAUGGUUGUCCACAAUAACUUUUACGACAAG